GUCACGAUUGCGCCGCAACCACACAUCACCAUGCCUCCGAGAAUACACAUCAGGCCGCGGGCCCUUCGCCUCCGCACACCGGGCUCCACCACCCCCGUCUCUCGAGUUGCGACCGCCAGCUAUGCAUCGGUGGCACAGGUGAAGCCAGUCCCUGCGCCUGCUUUCGAAAGAGGUGACCGACCGGCAGCGCCAAUCGUUCUCUACCCCGCGACACAGCCUCCUUCCCACAAGCGCCCCGAAGAGCGCAAGACGCAGUUGCACAGGCAAUACCAGUCGCUGCUCAAGUCGUCGCCGCUCAUGCUUAUCUUCCAACACAACAACGUCAAGGCUGUAGAAUGGAUGAGCAUAAGGAGGGAAUUGGCAGUUGCUCUGCGCAAGAUCGAUGCCGAGCGCGUCGCUGCCGGCCAUGAACCCAUCGCCGACCAGAUCAAGUUCCAAGUGAUUCAGACCAACAUCUUCGCCAGCGCGCUGAAGGUUGUCGAAUUCUUCAAGCCCUCAGAACUUCCCACCGACCACCCCACCGAUCCUCGCACACCAACGAGCGCCCGCAUACCCUUGACCGGCAACAAGGUCGACGAUGAACGUUUCACACACGGUCUCUCGAGACACGCCUACGAAGUCGCCAGCAACAAGAAACUCAAGCACGACCUCGAGCCCCUGCUCUCUGGACCCCUCGCUCUCGUCACAUUCCCCACCGUGUCGCCGCAACAUCUCAAGACCGUCAUCUCCAUUCUCUCGCCCAUGGCGCCCGCCUUCCCUGCGCCAAAACGCAAGGCGAACCCCGACUACUACGAGCUCUCCGUACAGACUGGCUUGCAGAAGCUGAUGCUGCUUGGUGCGCGAGUCGAGGGCAAGAUCUUCGACAUUGAGGGCACGAAGUGGGUUGGCAGCAUCCCUGGUGGUAUCGACGGCCUGCGCGCAUCGCUUGUCCAGAUGCUCCAGGGUAUUGGCGGUAGCAUUACAAGUGCGCUGGAGGGCGCGAGUAGAAGCCUGUACUUCACAGUCGAGAGCAGACGGAUGGAUAUGGACGAGAAGGAGAACCCUAAGAAAGAGGAGGAGAAGACCGAGGGCGAGGAGAAGAAAGAGUAAGAGUUUGUAUUGUACAACACAAGGGAGCAUUUGCAUUGGUUGGGCAAUGUGUAUAGAUAUUGUACAGGUACUGGUAUGUACACAAGCAAGUUGAGCAUUACUGCAGCACAAGACACUCUA